AUGGAGGCUUACAUGAUCGCCAUCAGGGUGAAAGGGGAGGCACUGCACCGUGAGUCCGGAGCGGGCACACGCGCGGAACCCCGCGCAGGAUCUGAUGAAGGUUUGCUCCAUCAGAUCCAGCUCAUGCUUGAUAACCUGGCAGCAACUCCAGCAAGUGAAGGCGGAGGUGGAGGGAACGCCUCUGCAAUUGAGUCACUUACGCAACAUGAUCAUCAAGGACAUACUACACAGUCACAGCAGUUACUAGUACAACUUUUGCGAGGUGUGCGCCCUGCAUAUAGCUAUUCUUUCGUAACUUCGACUCACUUUUUCUCUCGCGCAGAGUUGCCAGCAGGAGGCGGGUAGUAAACACUCAAACGCGACUCCCUCGAGCGCGCGUACGCCAUCUGACGUAGUCGUUGACGACGCUUACUUCAUUUCUAAAGAUACAAUGUUAGAUUAAUACGUUGGGCUUGGUGGAGCACGCGGUGAUCAUGUCUCGAAAAUCGAGCAUGACGUCACCGUAUGUGUCUACAUGAACGCUGAAGACGGCGCGUAUGUUUUGGAUCUCAUGAGUCGCGCUUCCAUCGGUUCCGAGAAAGCUUACUCCUUAUUGAAAAAACUGGAUUUCAAAAGAGAAGACAUUGAAAAGUUUCAUAUUUGUCUGGAGCUAGUGAACAACCCUUCUGUAGUUUUAGAUUUACUCUCUGACAUUUCCGCGGCCACACUCGGGGAUGGCUCCAUUGAUACCUUCACGGAUGCACUAGACGAGCUACAGAAGCUUGCUGAUACGACGAACUAUCGCGCAAGCACUCCGAUUACAGCAACUUUGGCAGUGUGUGUACUUCUUUAAACGAAGCAGGCAUUGAGUGCACUGACCUUAAUAUCGUUCGAUCAGUGCUUAAUUUCUUCCCACAGAAAGAUGAAACAGAUAUGGCAGUGCAGAUGAUCGCAGUUGUCAUGCAGAUGAAACAUGUCAGCUACUACCAUGCUCAUAAAGCGAUUCGAGCUAUCACCAAUGUGACGAACAUCAAGAACGUCCCGCCCGCACCAAUCGCCAAGUUCGCCAACUUGAUUGGCCCCUUGAAAAACAA